AUUGUAAAUUUCACGUGAGUAUAUCAAGUUGAAUGGGUUAUCCUCCACUUAUAUUUCUGGGUUAUUAAAAGCCGAUUGUCCCCCGUUAUUGUAAAUCAAUCUUUAAAAGAUCGCAUGAUGUGUGAUGACAAAAAUGCAAUAUAUUGACAAAAUUGGAGCAUGGUUGUGCCAGUUUUCCCUAGUUUACCCAGUUGAUUUGAAAUGGCCGAUCUUAUUGCUCAUGCAACCAUCAGAAUAAAAAGUUUUAAUGACCAUAAAAGGUCCUCAAUUACUCCCAAGAUGACCGACCGUAAAGCUGUCAUUAAAAAUGCUGAUAUGAGCGAAGACAUGCAGCAGGAUGCUGUGGACUGUGCAACGCAAGCUAUCGAGAAAUAUAACAUAGAAAAGGACAUUGCUGCAUAUAUAAAGAAGGAGUUUGACAAGAAAUACAACCCAACGUGGCAUUGCAUAGUUGGUCGAAAUUUUGGGUCAUAUGUGACCCAUGAAACUCGUCAUUUCAUCUAUUUCUACUUGGGCCAGGUGGCGAUUCUACUCUUCAAGAGUGGUUAAUGGUCAUGUUACCACCCCCCCUCUUGCCCUCCACCGGUAUUCCAGUCUCCCCCCACCACUCCGUGACGGAUUUUUUACUAUUGCUUUAUUGAAAGAAAAAAUUGAUGAAAAUUGUUUUUACCAUUGUUUUAAAUAUUUUUCUUAUAAUGCUAAAUAUUCUUUCAUUUUCGAAAAAGGACUUAUCUGAACCGGUUGAGACUUACAAUUCGAAAAUGAACAUUUUGGAAAUUUAGGGUUUUUAAAACUUUUGGAAUAAAUAUUCUGUUACAAA